GAAAUGGACUACCCAAGGAGGUGGUGGAGUCACCAUCUCCAGAAGUGUUCACAAAAUGACUGGAUGUGGCUCUUGCUGCCAUGGUCUCUUUGAAAAGGUUGAUGAUCGAUCAAAUGUUAAAUUUGAUGCUCUUGGAGGUCUUUUCCAACCUAAAUGAUUCUGUGAUUGUGUGACAUUUCACUUAAAUCAUGUGGCUUAAAGCCUCAUCCAGUCUGACCUUGAGCACUUCCAGGGAUGGGGCAGCCACAGCUUUUUGGGAUCCUCAAGCAGGAUGGGUAGGAUCAGAACUUGUCCUUCAGAGUCUAGGAUUCUCACUUGAUGGUGUGAAGGGGGAGGGCUGGCUGGAGUACUCAGCCCCAUGUUCACCUUCCUGAGAAGGUCCCGUGGGUGAGGAAGGGUCAGGAUCUCUUCGUGGGGUCAGAAACCACAGCCCCCUCUCUAGCCCCAGCAUUCCUUCUGGCGUUCUUGGCGGGGUCUCCUCACAACCAUCCUCUGGUCCACAGCUAUCUGCAGUUGGAGACCAAGGGGCACAACCAGAGGAGGUGAGGUCCCCUGAAAACCCAGACCCAUGCCACAAAGAGGGCUGUUCUUUAAUUAUGACACUUUAUGGGUUGGGCACAAGUCCACAGACGGUUAUUCCUGAAAAAUAACCUUCUGUUGCCCCCCAACAGAAGGUUGAAAGACAGGGUAUACAAAAAUGUGCAACUACUGACACCACAAAGAGCCAAGAGAUUGGCAGAUUUUUAAAAUAUAAGCCCUUUAUUUUUUCUGCUGGCAAUCAUUUAAAAAUAGUGUUUUCUGAAGAGCUUCUUUUCAGGAAACUGCGAAGAUGAGUGCCAUGAGAAAAGCAUUACUUCAGAACAUGUGAUAGGCAAGGGCUUGGGGAGCUGCAGCUGUGCCUACAGUGUCAACCUCUGACUCUUUAUGGUUGUAUCUGGGGACAUGUGAGGCAGGAGCACCCUGUCAGUAUCCACAAUCCACAAUUUGGGCACCACAAUCAAAGCCGGUGAGCAGCCAGGGCCAGGCCAUCCAGUAUGCCUGCUGUGUGCAGACCUCCUCAGCCCAUCACUCCUUCUACCACAGGGAACCUCUACAUGACCUUUGUUGUACCAUGAAGCUGCAGAAGGCAGACAGCAGCUGGAGCUGGUUCCACUGCUGCCUUCUUUGCACUCUUCCAUGCCACGAGAACGCCCUCAGAGCUGCUCCUGAUGUGCAGCCCUGAGCCCACCUCACCAUGUCCAGGCUGGCAUCUUCCAGACUGUGUGAUCAACAACUAAUCUGCUCAUUCCAGGCCCUGCAACACAAGCUGGUACAAACUCUCCUCUUCUGACCCUUCAUUCUGGUUGGAUGGCAGACACUAUUGCCUUUAGGUGAUUAGCCAGACUCUUCUGCCAUCCAUGUAAUUUUCCUGUGAGGUGAUAGGCCAAGUAGAUUACUUCUGACUCAUUGCCAGAUAUCAUGUAUCCAUGACAGCCUCUCUUCUUCAGGAAUCAUCUGAUUGGGCCAGAACCAGAGAUAAGAGUCAUUACUCAUUUGAUGUGGUCCCCACACUAAUGAUAAUCAUAGGGGAUAGUACUGCAACAUAUUCUAGGCCUUCAGGUAGUAACUACCAGCAUUAAUAAUUCAGUUUUUCCUUUCAUAAUCAUGAAAGGUGUGAUGCCUAAGUCAGAUGGUGACUUUACCCCACAGAACUGCAUUGCUGAGACAUGAGGCUAUGGGAAGUGAGGAUGCCACUGUAAAGCAGGGGAAAGUUGUGAUAUUGGGAGGACUCAGGUGGGAGGAGGUGUGAUAUUGGUGAGUGGCUGGUGCUGCAGAACUGUGUACCCCUCAGGGUAUUACGCUUGGUUCUGCUCCUUGAUUUAGAAGACACAGAAAUAGACUGCCAAGGUGCUGUUUCUGCUGCUCACCAUCUCAUAUCAGGGGAAAGAUCCACUGUUUGAGUCCUGAACCUUCUUUUGGUCUUGGUCAUCCUCUCCCUACCAGCCAGAGCUGCAGAAGCAGCAUGAUUUGUCUGAAAGAGCCACUCUCUCACAGGCCUGGCUGUGUGAAGGCCAAGCCCAAUGGCAGUGUCCCCAGAGGGCUCCAGCCAAGCCUUUGGGUACUUUGAGUAGUCAGAUCAACAGGGUUGAAUGUAGAGUGCCCUGGGGAAGCAGCUCAGUGAGGUGAGACUGGGUGUGCAGCCCUGCUGUGUUCUAGGGUAGGUGCUAUAGCUGCAAGAGACCAAACAGAGGUAAUUCUCUGUCCUCCUUGACUCAGGCUUGAGGAUAAAAUACCCAACUCCUUCUUCACUGUGGACAAGAGGAUCUAGUCCACAUGCCAGAAGAUAUUUUCAUGGUUUCUGAGUCUGUAAAGCAGAUUUCUUUCCAACGACCUCCUGCAAGACACUGUAUUCAAAGCAGGGUUCUUGCUCUAUAAGAGGAUGUUGGCAUCUUUGACCGUGCUGAAGAUCUACAGUUUUUUUACUUUUCUCUGAUAUUGUCUGUAUUUAUUGUCCAGAGCACUUGUGAUGCAGCUGAGGCCCACAGGCAGCAAACAGGGGCCAGUUUUGGCAUUCUGUGGUCCUACAUAUAUUCCGUGGUCCUACAGGAAUUCUGCCCCUAAGCAAAGAUAGGCACAUAUGUCCUUCCAAGGAAAAACCAUGCUAUUUCUUGGCCCCAGCCCAGCAGGAGGAAGAGGGUUGCCCGGAGCAGGGCAGGCCAGCAGUGGGAACUCUGGAGCUGCCCUGAGGGUGCCGCUGUGCUGUCCCAGCCAGGCGGGCUCUAGGAUGUGUGUCAGGGGAGCGCUGCUCGGGCUGGAUGUGUCCCCAGCCAACCCCCCUGCUUCACCGGCUGAACUCGUCUCCUGUCGUCCCAGAUGGUGCUGUCGGGACGGUAAAAGGCAUUGAGGACACGGCAGAUGUGCUUUGAAAGUGCCACAGGACACUCCCAGUAAGUGCCCCCUGGAUAGAGGAUUGCUUGUCAAGGACACAGCGAAAUUAUCCACUUCCACAAAGGAUCCCCAGGGCUGUCUGUCUGUCUGUCCGUACUUUCCCAGAGAACACUCUUCCCACUGCUUUCCAGGUGUGGUUUCUGAGUAAGAAACCGCUCCAGCAUGGCACAGCACAGCCAUGAGCCUGUGAGCCUGCCCAAGUAUGUUCAUCAUGCAGAGGACAUCAGGAAGUACUAGGAUAAUGUUCCCUCUUUAAUCUUAAAUCUGAUAUGUGGGGCCAUAUGGUAUUAUAACAGUGGCAUUAAUUAUAUGUUUAUGUCAUCUUUUUGGGAAAAUAAUUCAAAUAUGUUUGAUGAACAGGUUCUCUUGUACACUUCCAUAAAUAUCCCAAAGCUGCUUUCUUCAUUCUUUUUAACACUAUUUUCAUCUUCAUUCAACAUGUUUUUGUGGCUGUGAAUUACUUCCUCUGAUUUCAAUGCAAGACACUUCCUAACCUCUCAGAAGCCACUCAUAAUUCCAAGGAAAAACACUAAAAUGGUGUUUUAUCUCUUCCACCAAAGCUUGAAAGCCAAGAAAUUUUAAACUUCAUAAAACUGGGGACAUAAAUACAUGUCUUGGGCACUAUGUUGUUAAAAGCCUGAAAGGGGUUUUCAAGUUGCUAUAUUUUCUCAUUUCCCCAUUAAAUAGAGGGCCUUAUCUAUCUAUCUUGGUUCUCCUAAAAAUGCUUGCAGAAGAAACAUCAAGAGGGGUCCUUGAAAAGGGAUUUGUUCUCAGAAUGCCUUUAAUUCUGUAGACUUUCAUUUUUCUUAAUAUCUUUUUAACUCAAGUGCCUGAGGCUUCUUGCUUUCCUUGAGGGUGAUCCCAGUUCCCACCCCCCAGAAAUCUCAGAAGUGCUCUUCAGCAGGUCAGAAUUGAGAAAACUUAUCUUUUUUGACAGCUUCAUUUCAGCUUGAUUUUUUUAAAGUUUGAACUAACUUGUGAAGACUAUAAAUUUUCUCAUCUUUCUAAACCAAAAAAGAGCCCGGGGGGACUGGGGGGUGUCUUUGGAGGAGGACAUUUUCGGCGGGAACAAACUCGGAGCAGAUCCUGGAUAGCAGACUAAGCCCUCGGAGGGGUCUCAGGCAAUCGUUUUCCUGCCUCCAGGGCCAGGAGAGGUCUCUCGGCUCUGCCUGCGUGGCCAGGCCGGGACUCCCCCGGGGCUCCCCCGGCUCGGUGCUGGCGGGCCGGGCCCGGGGCGCUCGGCAGCAGAGGGCAGCAGAGCCGGCGCUAGGACCGGCCUGGUCCGGGGCCAGGCUGCUCGCAGUCCCGCUUUCUGUUCCCCGCUCCUGCCUCCCGAGCUCCCUCCUCCUCCUCCUGCCCCGGUCCCGCCCCGGCUCCCCGCCGGCCGCCGCUCAGAGCUCCGCUGGGCUGCACGGGCAGCGGGAGCGCACGGAGAUGCAUGUUCCUUGUCUCCCAUGGGCCUUCCUCUUUUUUGGAGUGAUUGGUUCCAGUCCUGUCCCAAGAGGUUCUCCCCUUUUUGGGGAGAUCAGAUCCCCCAAUUAUCCCAAGCCAUAUCCCAAUGAUAACACCAGGAGCUGGGAUAUCCAGGUCCCAAAAGGCUAUGUGGUGAAGCUGACCUUCAAAUACUUUGACCUGGAGCCAUCUGAGUCCUGCUUCUACGACUAUGUUAAGAUCAAAGCAGACAAGAAGGACUUGGGCAGAUAUUGUGGCCGGCUUGGGUCGACCACAGGCAAUCACCCGGGAAGAAAGGAGUUUGUAUCUAAGGGCAGAAAGAUGCACCUGCAAUUUCACUCUGAUUUCUCCAAUGAAGACAACGGCACAGUGAUUCCCUACAGGGGCUUCCUGGCAUCCUACAGAGCUGUGGAUCUGGAUGAAUGUGAUCCUAACAAUGCUGCCGAGAACAAUGAAAGGCCUCAAUGCCAGCACUUCUGUCACAACUAUGUGGGUGGCUACUUCUGUUCUUGCCGGAUUGGCUACCAGCUUCAGAGUGACCAGCACUCCUGCAAAGUGGAGUGCAGCAGUGAGUUGUUCACGGAGACCUCUGGGUACCUGAGCAGCCCCGAGUACCCGCAGCCCUACCCCGAGUACCUCCGGUGUAACUACAGCAUCCGUCUGCAGGAGGGCCUGUCCAUCACCCUCAGGUUCUUGGAACCCUUUGAGAUUGAUGAUCACCAGCAAGUCCACUGUCCUUAUGACCAGCUCAAGAUCCAAGCCCGAGGGAGAGAGAUUGGUGAAUUCUGUGGCAGGAAACCACCUGGCAUCAUUGAAACCAACAGCAAUGAGGUGGACAUACUCUUCCUCACCGAUGACUCAGGGUUCAGCCGUGGCUGGAAGAUCCACUACACCUCAGAGAAAAUACGGUGCCCACAGCCUGUCCCACGGGAUCAGUUCACCAUCAUCAGAGAUCUGCAGCCUGUGUACCAAUUUCAGGACUAUGUUGUUGUCAGCUGCAAGACUGGCUAUCACCUGAUGGAGGGUGAAAAAAAGUUGAUGUCCUUCACGGCUGUCUGCCAGGCUGAUGGCACAUGGCAUCAACCCAUGCCACGCUGUGAAGUUGUGAACUGUGGCAGCCCCAAAAACGUGACCAAUGGUGCAUUCAGCUACCUUAAGGAGCCUGCAAACAAUGAGUACCAGUCGGUGAUUGCAUACCAGUGCAAUGAGCCCUAUUAUCACAUCGUCACCGGGACGGGUGGCGAAAGAUUCACCUGUUCUCCUGAGGGAACCUGGCUGGAUCAAGAUGGCCAGAAGAGAAUUCCAUCCUGCUUGCCAGUGUGUGGGAAGCCAGUCCAUCCCGUUUUUGAAGUCCAGAGGAUCUUGGGUGGCAAAGCAGCAAAGAGAGGCAAUUUUCCUUGGCAGGCUCUGACUGGCAUCAAUGGACGAGGGGGUGGUGCCCUCCUGGGCGAUCGCUGGAUCCUGACUGCUGCCCACACCAUCUUCCCCAAAGGAGCAGUACAGAACAAUGUGAGCCUGGAGCAGCUGGCAGAGGAGGCUGACAUUUUCCUCGGCCACACCAACGUAGACGAGCUCCACAAGAUGGGUAACCACCCUGUGCGCAGGAUCUUUAUCCACCCGGAUUUCAACCCUAAAGAUGAGCACAACUUCAACGGGGACAUAGCCCUGCUGGAGCUGAAAAACCCAGUAACCCUGGGCCCUACACUGCUGCCCAUCUGUCUCCCAGAUGCCACCAACACCUCGUUCUACGCCCACGGGCACAUGGGCUACGUGAGCGGCUUUGGUGUGGACAAGAACCGCAUCUCAAGCGAUUUGAAGUACGUGAGCCUACCAGCAGUGGCUCAAGAGAAGUGUCAGAGUUGGCUAGACAGUAACAAGAAAGGUAUCCCAAUGGUUUUCUCUGAGAACAUGUUCUGUGCUGGCUUCCUGGAAGGCAAGAAGGAUACUUGCCAGGGGGAUAGCGGGAGCGUCCUCACGGUGUUGGACAGGGAAAGCGGUCGCUGGGUGGCUACCGGCAUCGUUUCGUGGGGAAUCGGCUGUGGCACGGGCUAUGGCUUCUACACCAAGAUCCUCAACUAUCUGGACUGGAUCAAUGGGAUAGUAAAGGAGGACAGGCCCUAGGUAUUGCUGUCCUACUACCUGAGCACCACUAGCAUAUCAAUUUCCAGACACAGCAAGUCAUAGCCAAAGCUUUUCAUGAUGUCCCAAAAAUUUUUUGAACGUGCAAAGCAUGUAAUCUCCAUCACAAGCACUUCUGAAAGCUGCCAUCCUGUUUGGUUGGCAGCUUGGGAGAUGCCUUUGUGGGUGUUCUGUCUCAUACAAAUCAUAUAACUGGAUGAAGCCUUAAUUGUCUCAGGAAAUCUCAUGGCAGCAAACAUGUUAAGGUUUGAAAUGCUGAUGAUAUCAUGAGACUACUGCAGUCUACUUUUGUACUCUCUUUUGUGGGAAGGUUGCAGGGAAGAAGACUUCCUUGAAGGAUGGGGUAGUUUCUGCUGAGUACAGUGUGCGUAAGCCCAUUGGCGUCAGUAUGAGUCUGAAUAUUAAAAUACUUGCUGAAUAAACCA